AUGGACACAAUAAUUCACAAAGCAAGGGCAUUCCUUCAAAGCUCUCAGGAAGCAAAGGCCUUGGAUUUGCUCACGCCGCAAAUACAGCAGCAUCCAGAAAACGUACUGCUCUUGCAAGUUUUUGGCGAGGCCUUGCUUGAGGCUAACGAUGUUGAGACCGCGUAUACUGUCUUGACGAAAGCCACCCAAUUGGAUCCGGAAGCAAAGCUAGGUGUCGAAAAGUUCUUGUACUUGGGGCAAAUCAUUGGAGGCCAGGAUGGCUGUUCGUUAUUAAAUAUUGCCAUCCAGAGAUUGCAAGAUCAAUUGCAAAGUGUCCACGACAACCGGGGCGGAGACGACCCAGUCUUGCAAGAAUUGUCAAAAUUAUAUCCCACAUCGGAAGUCUUGGCGUUUUACCUAAUAAAGAAAUUGAACCAGGCGAUAUUUGCAGAGAUUGAGAUCUGGAUGACCGAUUUGUGUAUGGAACCAGAGGCAGAGGGUGAGUGUGACAAGUUGAUAUCCCAUUCCUUGGCACUUGAUGACUCAAACCCCGAAGCAUACUCUCUCUUAGCUCUGAUUCGUAUUUCUCAGCAGAGACAGGCUGAUGCCGAAGAGGCUUUGAGCAAGGCCUGGCAAUUAUUCUCCCAGAAAAAACAAGACUUGGAGGUUCAGCAAAAUCAAGAGGGUGAGGAAUCCUCAUUUGAGUACAUUGAACUAGUGCAGCCCUUGCUCGGGCUCGCCCGUUUUGCCAUUGAAUUGGGGAUUUACGACCUUGUACCCGAGAUCUCUUCGGCUGUGGCGGAAAUCAACGACAACGCUUUGGACAGCUUUUACUACGAGGCUUUGGCACACAGCUUAAAGGCAAAGCAACUCUACGCCCAAGCCACAUCUUCUACUGAGGAUUACAGAGAAUUCCAGGACGCGGUUAUCAUUGCCAGUGACAAUGAGGCUAUUCAGGCCAUUGUCAAUGAUGCAAAGGCAGCUCUCACUCAAGGAUACCGUGUAAUCAAUAGUGCCGAUUUGGAGGCAUCGGACCCUGAGGUUGUUGAACAGGUGAACGCAAUGCUUGCAGAAUUUGGCGGGCCUGUGAUGGCCGACUUGAUGCCUUCACGCAGAACUGCCGAUGACGAUGAGGAAGAAGGUUGGGAGGAUCAGAUUCUCGAUGACGAGAACUGA